AUGUAUAAAAUGGAAUAUUCUUACCUCAAUUCCUCUGCCUACGAGUCCUGUAUGGCUGGGAUGGACACGUCGAGCCUGGCUUCAGCCUACGCUGACUUCAGUUCCUGCAGCCAGGCCAGUGGCUUCCAGUAUAACCCGAUAAGGACCACUUUUGGGGCCACGUCCGGCUGCCCGUCCCUCACGCCGGGAUCCUGCAGCCUCGGCACCCUCAGGGACCACCAGAGCAGUCCGUACGCCGCAGUUCCUUACAAACUUUUCACCGACCACGGCGGCCUCAACGAGAAGCGCAAGCAGCGACGCAUCCGUACCACUUUUACUAGCGCGCAGCUCAAAGAGCUGGAGAGGGUCUUCGCCGAGACGCACUACCCCGACAUCUACACCCGCGAGGAGCUGGCCCUGAAAAUCGACCUCACCGAGGCGAGAGUUCAGGUGUGGUUCCAGAACCGCCGCGCCAAGUUCCGUAAGCAGGAGCGCGCAGCGGCGGCCGCGGCGGCCGCGGCCAAGAACGGCUCUUCAGGCAAGAAGUCCGACUCCUCCCGGGACGACGAGAGCAAAGAGGCCAAGAGCACCGACCCGGACACUGGACAAGGCUGGGCUCCCGGCCCCGGCCCAAUCACCUCCAUCCCGGAUUCGCUCGGGGGCCCUUUCGCCAGCGUCCUCUCUUCGCUCCAAAGACCCAACGGUGCCAAAGCCGCUUUAGUGAAGAGCAGUAUGUUCUGA